AUGAAUCCCCUCAGCCCUCAGAUCACCAACUUGGUGAUCAUCCUCGGGAUGAUGCAGGUGUCGAAGCGCAUUCCGUUCGAUGACCCCCAGGUCCUGACGGGCGUCCGAGUUCUCUACGUCGCAUCCAACCUGAUCAUCUUCGCCCUAUACUACUAUAUUAGAUUGAAGAUCAAGGCGAAAAAGGACAUGACCACAUUGAAAUACGUCGAACCUGCCCCAAUGGGAUCGGGUAAAGAACCAAAACUCGUCACCACCACCGUCCAGGAGUAUGAUCAGAGCCAACUCGCGGCCGCUUACAAGGCUCAACUCAUGGGAGUGGCCAUGAUGGCGUUCAUGCACCUGUACCUCAAGUACACGAACCCACUUCUCAUCCAGUCCAUCAUCCCGGUCAAGGGCGCCCUCGAGUCCAAUUUGGUCAAGGUCCAUGUCUUUGGCAAGCCUGCGGUCGGCGAACUCAAGAGACCUUGGAAGGCUGGCGGUGGCAUGAUGGGUAUGGGCGCCGGUGAGGCUAAGAGCGACAAGGCUAGCAUUGAGGCUGCUGAGCGGGCUGGUCGUGGCGGAGCAAAGGAGGAGUAA